AUGGAUAGAGAACAAGAAGAGCUUCAAUUCUUAGGGUUCUUUGGAAUAUGCAAAGAAUCCAUCAAAAUCAUAUGUACAUGGUCAAAAAUCUUCACCAAACUUACCCUUACCUUAAUUAUCCCCCUUUCUAUCAUCUUCCUUGCUAAUGAUGGCUUUUCCACCUUCAUUUCUAGCAAAAUCAUCACUAAUGCCAAUACCUUAGAUUAUAUCCCUCCCGGAACACCUACUUAUAACAAGAUUUCUAACCUAAUAACCUCAGAAUGGAUCACUUUUUGGAUCAUAAAACUCGUUUAUUUCAUAUUUCUUCUUAUAUUUUCUCUCUUAUCGACUUCAGCAAUAGUCUACACAAUCGCUUGUAUAUACACAAGUAAAGAUGUCACGUUCAAAAAUGUCCUAAGUGUGGUUCCAAAGGUGUGGAAGAGACUUAUGGUAACUUUCCUAUGGAAUUUUGGCAUAAUGUUUGCUUAUAAUAUUAUUUGGUUUUUCAUUUCAUUAAUCAUCAUACUCAUAUGGCUUAUGUUUAUUAAUCCUAAUAGUAAUGAAUUAUUAGGGUUAAACAUAGUUUUUCCUAUAACAUUUGUGAUAUACCUUCUAGGGUUUGCUUAUAUAAAUGUAAUAUGGCAAUUAGCUUGUGUUAUUUCUGUUUUGGAAGACAUUUAUGGAGUUCAAGCCAUGAUGAAAAGUAAAGAUUUGAUCAAGGGCAAAAUGGGAAUUUCAUGUUUAGUGUUCCUGGUAUUCACAAUUAAUUUGGUGGGUAUUGAAUUUUUGUUUGAACAAAUAGAAGUGAUUGAUUGGAGAAUUGGAUUUGUGGGAAAAUUUGGGUAUGGAAUUCUAUGUUUGGUGUUGUUGACUUUGCUAUUUUUGUUUGGACUUGUUGUUCAAACUGUGAUAUAUUUUGUUUGCAAGUCAUAUCACCAUGAAAAUAUUGAUAAAUCUUCUUUGGCUCAUCAUCUUGAAGGUUAUCUAGGGGAAUAUGUUCCUUUGAAUUCUAAAAACAUACAAAUGGAGGAAUUUGAUGUUUGA